GGAAGGGAGGCUUUUGUCUAUGCGUGCAACAAUUGUAAAGCGAACAUUGAGAUACAUUAUCACUGUACUGUUUGUGAGGACUUUGAUCUUUGUACCUCAUGCUAUGAAAAGCUGAAUCACGAGCACAAGAUGGAGAAGAGGUCGAUGGAUUUGGAU